AUGCGCCAAAAGCGAGUCAAGUCGUACCGCAAGGUGAUGCAAAUGUACCAGUCCAGCUUCAAGUUCAGGUCAGUUACCCCAGACGGUCACCCUUCUGCCACCCAACCCUCGUGAUCUGACUUGAUCUGCUGCUCGUCCCGCUCGUUACCUCGUACGACUUGCUACAGGGAGCCCUACCAACUCCUCGGUGCGUUCUAGUAGGCACUCUCCCUCUCUCUUUCUCUCCCGCGCCGUACUGAGCCAACCUCCGUUCACAUCGUCUACGGCUCUGCAGUCGACGCCGAGUUUGUCAACGCAAUCGUCGCUCAAAAACUCGACCUCCAAGCCCGCCUGACGGACGUGCUACAAGCGACGUUGAAACCCAGUCAGUCCAACUGCAUCCUAUGCGAUAAACUCGUCCACUGAUCGCGUCUCUCGCUGCGUUGACCCCGCCGGCCGCGACAGUGAUCACCCAAUGCUGCAUGCAAGUCCUAUACGACCUCGGACCGUCGGCUCAACCAAGCGUCGAACUCGCCAAGGAAUUCGAACGACGAAAAUGCAACCAUCUCAAAGCCCGACCGGCAGAAGAAUGUCUGACCGCUAUGGCAGGUGAGCCUUUUUUUUUUCACCCCGAACCUUCUCUCCCUCGGAUCUCCUCGCUGACACCUUUUCACUCCCCACCUCCCCCCGCCCAGGCAAAGAUAAUCCGCACCGCUACGUGAUCGCGACCCAAUCCCUCGACUUGCGUAAACACCUACGCACCGUCCCCGGUCUACCCAUCGUUUACCUCAACCGUUCAGUCGUGCUACUCGAAUCCCCCUCUGACCAAACGAUGAAGAAAAAGCUAGCCGUAAGUCUUGCCCCUCGCCUCAGCUCGAAACCUUUCCACGAAUGUGAAGUGUAACAUUCAAAAAAAAACCUGUCCUCACCUACACACACAACACAACACAGAUGGAGAACGCCAAACUGCACGUGCCUCGCAUCGAACUCGCUACUCUAGCAUCGCAAGGUUCGAUCCCGACGACGUCGAAUUCGAGCUCGUUGAUCGAUUCCUACAACUCGUCGAACCUGACCAAAGCUUCGAACGAGGCUUCUACUUCGACCUUGACCCAAGAAGAAGAAGGAGGAGGACGGACGAUGGAAGUCGUAGAACGGAAGAAGAAGAAGAAAAAGGGACCUAAAGGUCCGAGUGGUCCGAAUCCUUUAUCGAUCAAGAAGAAGAAGAAGAAACCCGGAAUCGGAACUGCCAACGCUAAAGCCUCCGACCCCAACUUCGGCUCGGGCUCGGGCUCGGGAAAGGGGAAGAAACGACCACGUUCCGAAGACGCUUCGGAGCUCAAUGAAGUGACGCAGAGUGGUUUCGAUCGUAAGAAGAGGAGGGCGGAGAAUGAGGCGGUCGUGGUGACGAGUUCGUCGAGGAGGGGGACGGAGAGAGGGGUUGUGGCGCUUUCGGUGGGCACGAGUGAGGCCGGGGAAGGGAGUGGGGAAGGCGCGAAGAGAAAGAGGAAGAGGAAGAGAGGGUCGGGUGUCGUAGCAGGAACGGCGGAUAAGGUGGACCCUGGGGAUACGUAG